UCAAUAGUGUGCGCCAUGCCGGAUAGAAACAAGCUAGUAGGCUAACGAGGUGCUAUAUGUUGACAGCAGCAUCUCAGUGUAGCUGGUGUUUUUUUUUGUGAAUUAGUGGGUCGGGAUUUAAGUUUCACGUGUAGACAUUAAGUAAUUAAAAACUACAUGUGUUUAGUGUCAUAUUUUUAACUUAAGUGUCUAGUCUAAAAAUCCAUCCGGCACAGCUUGUAGCUAAGUAACGUAACGGCAGUUAGCAUCAUAGUUACUGGUUAACGGGUAUUUGCUACCAGCGCGGCUUGUCUGUAACGCCGGUAUGAGUUAUAGGUAUGGUGGUGGUGGAGGUGGAGGUGGAGGUGGAAGAAGAGGCAGAAGAGGAGGUCGAGGCUACAGAGAUGGGAGCGGAGAAAGGAGGGGCAGAGGAGGAGAUGGAGGAGGUUUCAGAGGGCAUAGUUCCGACUUUGACCAGGACAGUGGAGGAGGUGGAAAUCAGGACCGUCAUCCUCCGCACCUGAAGGGCCGUGAGAUUGGUCUGUGGUACGCAAGAUACGGAGCCGUGAGGAGGAAACAGGCUGACCGUAGAUCGCGGGCGGUGGUUCAGAUGGACGAGGCCAGAGAGCAGCACAUUACCAAGCUGCUUAACUCUGUCCAGAGUGACCAGCCUAGUACAGGGAGAGACAGCAGGGACGGAAGAGCCUCUACAUCUGGCAACUGGCAGACGGAAGCCAAAAGCAGUGGUCAUUGUUACUUUGAUGGGGAUCUGCCUGAAGAGGAGAAACAUAUUAUUGAGGUCAAAUCUGAAGAAGAAGAGGAAGAAGUUUGUUCAGUUCAAAGGACAUCAUCCCACAAAUCUCAACGUUACUUUACUCAGGUAGUUGCUAAAGAUGAACCCCCAGACAACUGGGAUGAAGAAGAGCAGCAGCAGCCGCAGCUGCAGCAGGAGGAGAAAGAGAAACUGAGAAGGAAAGACAAGGAUCUGGAGUUCUUAUUUCAGGAAGUUGUCAGAGACAAUUCACUAGAUGACUACUUAAAGAGAGAUCUGCAGAACAAGAAAUCUGAUCCAAAGUACAAAGAAAUGUUGAAAUUCAGGGAAAAAUUACCAUCUUAUGGGAAAAAAGAGGAGCUGGUAGAGCUGAUCAACUCUAACCGUGUCCUGGUUGUGAGUGGGGAGACAGGGUGUGGAAAGACCACUCAGGUCACCCAGUUCAUCCUAGAUGACUACAUUAACAGAGGCAUGGGCUCGUUGUGCCGAGUGGUCUGCACGCAGCCUCGUCGCAUCAGUGCCAUCUCGGUAGCAGAGCGUGUAGCAGCAGAGAGGGCAGAAAGUGUAGGCAAUGGAAAUUCUUGUGGUUACCAAAUCCGCCUACAGAGCCGGUUACCACGGAGACAAGGUUCGGUCCUGUACUGUACAACAGGCAUUAUUCUUCAGUGGCUUCACUCAGACCCAUUGUUGUCCAGUGUCAGUCACUUGGUUCUGGAUGAGAUCCAUGAGAGGAACCUGCAAUCAGAUGUUUUGCUCAUAAUCGUGAAGGACCUACUCAAGCUUCGAGACGACCUCAAGAUCAUCCUCAUGAGUGCCACGCUCAACGCAGAGAAGUUUUCUAAAUAUUUUGACAACUGUCCAAUGAUCCACAUCCCCGGUUUGACGUUCCCAGUGGAAGAGUUCCUACUUGAGGACAUUGUAGAAAUGACCAGGUAUCAUCCCCAGAAUCAGGACCGUCGCUCCUCAUGGAAGAGAGGCUUUUGGCAGGGUCGCAACUCCAGACCUGAGAAGGAGGAGAAAGAGGCUGAAUAUAAGGAGAGCUGGCCUUGCUAUGCACGCACGCUCCGGGGCAGAUACUCUGACAACACCAUUGAGACACUGGAGAUGUUGGACAAUGAUGACAAAAUCGACCUGGAACUGGUCAUGGCACUGAUCCAUCAUAUUGUGCGCUAUGAGGAGGAAGGAGCAAUCUUGGUGUUCCUGCCUGGCUGGGACAACAUCAGCAGCCUCAAUGACCUGCUAAUGGCUCAGCCGAUGUUCAGAUCAGAUCGGUUCGUUAUCAUCCCGUUGCACUCCCUCAUGCCCACCGUUAAUCAGACACAGGUGUUCAAAAGGCCUCCUCCCGGAGUUAGAAAGAUUGUGAUCGCUACUAAUAUAGCUGAGACCAGCAUCACCAUAGAUGAUGUUGUGUACGUGAUAGAUGGGGGGAAGAUUAAGGAAACCAACUUUGACACCAACAACAACAUCAGCACAAUGACGGCCGAGUGGGUUAGCCUGGCCAAUGCCAAACAGAGGAAAGGACGUGCCGGCAGAGUGUGUCCAGGGAAGUGCUAUCAUCUGUACAAUGGUCUUAGGGCCAGCCUGCUGGACGCCUAUCAAUUACCCGAAAUCAUGAGGACACCACUGGAGGAGCUCUGCCUGCAGAUCAAGAUAUUGAAGCUUGGAUAUAUAGCUCGAUUCCUGGAGAAAGCCCUGGACCCUCCCACGGACCAGGCUGUCAGUCUAGCCAUCAAGAACCUGGUAGACCUGAAUGCCCUAGACUGUUCAGAGAAUCUGACAGCGCUGGGUUUCCACCUGGCUCGUCUGCCUGUGGAGCCACACAUUGGCAAACUCAUCCUGUUUGGAGCUCUGUUGGGCUGCCUCGACCCCGUGCUCACCAUCGCUGCCUCGCUCAGCUUCAAAGACCCUUUCUUCAUACCCCUGGGUAAAGAGAAGAUGGCAGACAUGAGGAGAAAGACCCUGUCCAGAAACUCCAAGAGUGACCACCUCACUAUUGUCAAUGCCUUUCAGGGCUGGGAGGAAGCAAAACAGCGUGGUGCCAGGUAUGAGAGGGAGUACUGCUGGGACAACUUCCUGUCUGCCAAUACACUCCAGAUGCUGCACAACAUGAAGGGUCAGUUUGCUGAACAUCUGAUGCAUGCAGGCUUUGUCAGCAGCAAGGACCCCAGAGAUCCCAAAUCUAAUGUCAACUCAGACAAUGAGAAGUUAAUCAAAGCAGUGAUUGUAGCCGGUCUGUACCCUAAGGUGGCCAUGAUCAGACCAUCUCACAGCAAAAAGAGGCCUGGGGUUAAAGUGUACACCCAGGCUGAUGGGAAAGUGUGUAUCCACCCGAAAUCUGUCAACGCCGAGGAGACUGAGUUCAACUACACAUGGCUCAUCUACCACCUCAAGAUGAGAACGAGCAGUAUCUUCCUCUAUGACUGCACCGAGGUGUCCCCAUUCUCGCUGCUGUUUUUCGGAGGAGACAUCACCAUCCAGAAGGACGAAGACCAGGAGACCAUUGCAGUGGACCGGUGGAUCGUCUUCAGAUCCCCAGCACGCAUCGCUCACCUUGUCAAGAGUUUAAAGAAAGAGCUGGAUUCUCUACUGGAGGAGAAAAUUCGUAACCCAGCUCCUGUGGACUGGCAAAACCGUCAGUCCAAAGACUGUGCUGUGAUCACAGCCAUCAUAGACCUCAUCACCACCCAGGAGAAGCCUGCAGGCAGCACUAAAGGCCAUGGCAGAACGUGGGCGUCUGCCCCGAGAGGGCAACACAUUUACUUCAAUGACGAGGAUGAUGAUGACGAUGAUUAGAAGUGGCCAGGAUUUUGGCCGGCUGUGAAAAAAGGAGAAGCGAUUGACUGUACGCAUGGAUGCAGAGGUUAGUUUGGAUAUUUAUGAUAACCAGCUGGGCUACUUGAUGGUGCUGCUUUGUUGAAAUAUUAGUGCUCCCUAGGUACUCCUGAAGGUCAAACACAGGACGCAAGAGUACUGGAAAAUGUUAUGCACUUGAAUGACAUUAUUAUUACUUUGGAGGGGGGGUGUUGCCUGUUUGGUCAUUAUUUUGCAAGGACCAAUCCAUGUUCAAGUAGCUGUUGUUUAGUUUGUACAUUUUUGGUUUGGAGAAGUCAUGUCCCUUGUACUUUAGCAAUGUCACCUAAUGGACUGCGCAAUAAAGAAAGGAUGUACCAUAAAA